UAUGCAUUCCUUCGAACCACUUAAUUUACAAUGAUUAACCAAGUUGAUUGCUGUGAAUGUAUGAAAUCUGGGUUCAUUUGGCCUUCGUUGGAAUUUAUUGCUGUAAAACUGUAUGAAAUCUGGGUUCAUUUGAGCGGUGUUUAUACUUUCUCCAAUGUUGGUGUUUGAUUUUUUGGUAUGUUGGUGUUUGAGCGAUUGUAUAGGAUUUAUAGUGCAUUGUUGCUUCUGCCUCUUGGUAGAUUUUGGGUGUUAUGGCCUCUCAACACCAUGAAGUUAGCGAGAACGAAGGAAGUCCAGAGGGUAGCAACGACUUCUAUCCGAAUAGGAACUCAAAAGCUGACAGGUCUAGACGCAUAUGGUCGGUCCGUGAAGAAGAGAUCCUAAUGGCAACUCUAAAGGAGUUGGCAGCUAAUGGAUGGAAAUCCGACAAUGGGUUUCGCUCUGGUUACCUGGUACGCGCGAGGGAGGCGAUUAAGCGUGAAUUUCCAAAUACCGAUAUCCUCCCACACCCGCACAUCUACUCCAAAAUAACUACUUGGAAGAGGAGUUAUGGAUCACUAAAGAUGAUGCUAAACCACAGUGGCAUUGGCUUCAAUUCGGAUGGUACAUACCGAAUUGAAGCCGAUGAUGAACAGUGGGCACUUUUUUGCAAGAAAGACAGACAUGCGAAGUACAUGAGGAACAAAUCGUGGCCUCAAUACGAAGACUGGAAUGAGGUGUUUGGUCAGGACCGUGCGGAUGGUGAACGUGGUAUAGACGUGUCUGCUGCUGCGGGUACAAUAUACGGCCAACAAAAUGAAGUUCCAGUCGAUGAGGCCAUUUCCCCCCACAUGACGUUUGCAGAGCUAUUUCCUGACGAGCCAAUCCCGGACGGGAUCCUUCCAGACAUGAUAGACGACAGCCAAUCUGUAACAGAGGGUGGAGUGCCUGGAUCUAGUGCUGGUGUUGAUGUCGGGACAGUUUCGGGGGCGGGGGUGCGUCAACCACAUGCCGUGGGGGCUGCAUCUGGGUCGGGGUCCGGUCCAGAACAAAAACUAACUAAGAAGGUGAUGAAGAAGCGAAAGGUCGAAGACAAGAUGGACGGCGUGCUAACGCUCAUGGGACAGCUUCACAGCGAUACUAAUGAUCGUUUGACCGAGAUUUCAAAGAGAAUAUGA